UCAGUCGGGAGGGGCGAGCUAUCUUUUUACUGGAAGAAGACGCUGCCACCUCUCAGUCAGUCAGUCGGUCAGUCAGUGAGACUUCUUUCCGAGGGCGGCGACGCCACCGGAACGCGUCACCGGUUGUAAUCACAAGUUAAACGACUCAAGUGGCAAUUUCCGGUAUCACUGUGAGGCAGGCGAAGAGGCGAGCUUACCGGGAUCCUCGCAGCAGCAACAGGGCGCCCGAGGCAGCCAGCGAGAUGUCCGUGUCGGCUCCAGCCUGGAGCCUCGAAGGGAAAAAGCGCGACGGCCGAACCGCGACGCCGAGCCUCCUGGCCGGCCGAGGAUGCGAAUGGUGACGAGGCGGCGGAGUCCACGACUACGACCCGAACAGAGAGGAUGUAGCGUCGCCGUCGCGGCUUUUCCGACUAACGUCCGUAGAAUAGAGGAUAGAUAGUGAAGCUAGCUAACGUUUACAUGUAAACUUGCUCGCGGAGGAGCGGAGGGGGAACUGUGGAACCGAAGCCGCCGGCGUGGGAGUCUCUUCGGGGCAGGAGAGUUUUAGAAAUCAAGAUGCUACGAAGAAGCCUCAACCGACUGUUUAAAGGCGAUGAAAGAAGAGUAGACAGUAGGACAAUCUACAUUGGCCAUCAGCCAGGUUCUGCCAGCGAGCCUUUCAUCCCGCCAAAGUUUUGUGACAACAGAAUUGUGUCGUCCAAGUAUACCGUGUGGAACUUUUUACCAAAGAACUUGUUUGAACAGUUCAGAAGAAUUGCCAAUUUCUACUUCCUUAUCAUCUUCCUGGUGCAGGGGAGUAAUUGUAAUUUCUUAAAAACACGGACUGCACCCUGCAUUUCCUGGAAGAAGGCUUGUCACACCAAACCACUUCCUCUCUCAUUCCUCCCACAACAACCAUACCGACACACAUCUGCCGCUUAUCAACUCUGCAAUGUGUUGAUAAUGGUGAUAGUGGACACCCCCACCAGCCCAGUCACCAGUGGCCUACCUUUAUGUUUUGUGAUUACAGUGACAGCGAUCAAGCAGGGCUAUGAGGACUGGCUACGACACAAGGCUGACAAUGAGGUGAACAAGUACCCUGUGACAGUGCUUGAAAAUGGUCGGAGGCUACGGAAGGAGAGUGAGAAGAUCAAGGUGGGAGAUGUUUUAGAGGUGGAAGAAGAUGAGACCUUUCCCUGUGAUUUAAUCCUGCUCGCAUCCAGCAGGGGUGACGACACCUGUUUUGUUACCACUGCUAGUCUGGAUGGAGAGUCCAACCAUAAAACGCACUACACUGUUCCAGACAUAGAAAAGGAUCUGGAAUCCCUCAGUGCCACUUUGGAGUGUGAACAGCCUCAGCCUGACCUUUAUAAGUUUGUCGGCCGUAUGCACAUCUACAAAAGCAAUCAAGAGCCUGCAGUGAGGUCUUUGGGCCCGGAGAAUUUGCUGCUAAAAGGGGCAACUUUAAAGAAUACUCAGAAGAUCUCUGGUGUUGCUAUUUACACUGGCAUGGAGACCAAAAUGGCUCUCAAUUAUCAAGGCAAGUCUCAGAAACGCUCUGCUGUGGAGAAGUCCAUCAAUGCCUUCCUUUUGGUGUACCUUUGCAUUUUGGUGAGCAAGGCCCUGGUGUGCACUACGCUCAAGUAUUUGUGGCAAAGCAAGCUUGGGCAGGAUGAUCCUUGGUACAAUGAGAAAACCCAGAAAGAGAAGGACACCAAUCUGUAUCUAAAGAUGUUCACUGACUUCCUGUCAUUCAUGGUGCUCUUCAACUUCAUAAUUCCCGUGUCCAUGUAUGUGACGGUUGAGAUGCAAAAGUUUUUGGGAUCCUUUUUCAUCACCUGGGACAAGGACUUUUUUGACCCUGAAAUCAAGGAGGGGGCGCUGGUCAACACCUCCGACCUCAAUGAGGAACUCGGUCAGGUGGAGUAUGUCUUCACAGACAAGACGGGUACCCUCACUCAGAAUAACAUGGAGUUCAUCGAGUGCUGCAUCGAUGGAUUCCAGUACAAGCAUCAAGACGCAAACUCAGAGUUAGAUGGAUUUUGUGUCACAGAUGGCCCCGUGAGCAGACUAAAGGAAAAAGCUGGCAGGGAGCGUGAGGAGCUGUUUCUGCGCGCCCUUUGUCUGUGCCACACGGUCCAGGUGAAGGAGUCACCUGAGCCGAGUCAGGUCCAAGACGGCAGGAUGGCCGACCAGGUGGAUUCCCUCGGAGUGGAUGCCAUCGUGUUCCGUGUCCCCCUGGAUGAGAGGGGCUUGAUAGCGUCCUCCCCUGAUGAGGUCGCCCUGGUCAAGGGGGCCAUGAGGUAUGGCUUCACCUUUCUGGGUCUCGAAAGUAAAGCCAUGAAAAUCCUCAACAGGAGCCAUGAAGUUGAAGUUUAUGAACUACUUCAUGUGCUGAAUUUUGACCCAGUGAGAAGACGGAUGAGUGUAAUUGUCAAAUGCAAAUCAGGUGAUAUUGUGCUCUUCUGCAAGGGAGCAGACUCCUCAAUUUUCCCCCGCGUCAGACAGGAAGAAGUGGGACCGAUACGUGUGCACGUGGAGCGGAAUGCAAAGGAGGGCUACAGAACGCUGUGUGUGGCUUACAAACUACUCAGCACGGAGGAGUAUGCCCGGGCGGAUGCACACUUGAGGGAAGCCAGGCUGGCUUUGCAGGACAGAGAGGAGAAACUCAUGGCUGUUUAUAAUGAGGUGGAGACUGGCAUGAGUCUCAUCGGUGCGACUGCAGUUGAAGAUCGACUUCAAGAAGAGGCUGCAGAAACAAUGGAGGCUCUGCAGGGGGCAGGCAUUAAGAUCUGGGUCCUGACGGGGGACAAAAUGGAGACAGCAAAGUCCACCUGUUUCGCCUGUCGCCUGUUUCAGAGGUCCACUGAGCUGUUUGAGCUAACAGUGCGCACUCUUGAAGAAGGAGGUCGGAAGCGCGAGGAACGACUGCACGAGCUCUUACUCGAGUAUCACAAGAAAGCGGUGCAGGAUGCGCCAUCCUUAGAAAAUAGUGUCAGCAGGAACUGGUCAGUUACCAACCAUGAAUACGGUUUUAUUAUUGAUGGAGCCACUCUGUCAAUGGUGCUCAACUCCACCGAUUCCAACUCCAGCCACUACAAGAAUCUCUUCCUACAGAUUUGCCAAAAUUGCACCGCUGUGCUGUGCUGCCGCAUGGCUCCAUUGCAAAAGGCCCAGAUAGUAAAACUGGUAAAGAACUCAAAAGGUAACCCGAUUACACUCUCCAUUGGUGAUGGCGCGAAUGAUGUCAGCAUGAUUUUGGAAGCUCAUGUUGGCAUUGGCAUCAAGGGUAAAGAAGGUCGACAGGCAGUGAGGAACAGUGACUACGCCAUUCCCAAACUAAAGCACCUGAAGAAACUCCUGCUGGCCCAUGGACAUCUGUACUAUGUUCGCAUUGCACACUUGGUGCAGUAUUUCUUUUACAAGAACCUGUGCUUCAUCUUACCUCAGUUUUUGUACCAGUUCUUCUGUGGCCAUUCCCAGCAGCCCCUCUAUGAUGCAGCCUAUCUGACGAUGUACAACAUCUGCUUCACCUCUAUGCCCAUCCUGGCUUACAGCCUCUUGGAGCAGCACAUCAGCAUUCAGGCUCUGCUGAGCAAUGCUCCCCUAUACAGAGAGAUUCGUAAGAAUGCCAUGUUGCGAUGGCAACCCUUCCUCUACUGGACAUUACUGGGGGUCUUCCAUGGUUUGGUCUUCUUCUUCGGUGUCCGAUGUAUGUUUAGGAACUCGGCCUUGCAGGAUGACGGCCAGGUUUAUGGAAACUGGUCGUAUGGCACAAUUGUCUUCACUGUCCUUGUCUUCACUGUCACACUAAAGCUUGCUCUGGACACUCGACACUGGACAUGGAUCAACCACUUUGUAAUAUGGGGCUCUCUUGCGUUUUACAUGCUAUUCAGCUUCUUCUGGGGAGGAAUUAUUUGGCCGUUCCUGAGGCAGCAGCGUUUGUAUUUUGUGUUUGCCACCAUGCUGAGUUCUGUGUCAGCCUGGCUGGUCAUCAUCCUGCUCAUCGGGCUCAGCCUACUGCCAGAGAUCCUUCUGGCCGUCUUCCGCAAGCGCUGCAGUCCCUGUUCUCAGAUGAAGCACCGCCUUCCUUCCUCGGGGACUUCUACCAUCUUCAUGUUGUCGCAGACCGCUAGCACGCACAGCUUCUCAUGGAGUGACUGAGGUCUCUUUCUCUUUCUGUUAGUCUCUCUGCCCUUUCUGUGUCUGCACUUUUUCAUUCCUUUCUCCACUGGAGUCUCCUCGUUUCCCACCCUUCACAUAAUCACUUAAUCAAAAUUUGGAAAAAGCUUGAUUGAAUCAACCGGCACCUUCAAACCUUAAUUUUAGGACUUAAAAAGGAGGAGCAGAGUGAAGGAGGGCUGAAAGUCUGUGCCAAAAACAAAACCCAAGAAAAAAACAUAAAUUGAUCAAGUGUCUCAUUAUUUUGUGCGCGUUUGUGUCGGUCAGGCGUGUGUCUCCCUGCUGCCACAGCAUGUGCAGUGCAGUCUGGUCAAUUCAGCACACCCAAGCAUCCCAGUCUGCAUGAGGCUCAAGUCAGCAACCAGAUAAUUGACACACACCGCAAAACCCCCUUCUGGCCACUCCAUUCUGUUUGUCUAUGUGUGUGUAUGUUUUGUGUGCUUCAGAGUUCAGGGCAGGAGUGGGAGAACUUUUGAUUUUUGGACAUUUGAUUUUUAAAAUGGACAGAUGGGCCAAAUCGUUUGGCAUUUUCUUAUUUGUAAUUGCAGUAAUUAUGGCUAACCAAUUGUGUCGUAAAAAAUGUUAAAUGUGCAGUGUUCCUCGCAUAAUCGCAGACUUUAAAUAUUGCUUUGGCGCCAUUUUCUGGCAUCUACAGCAAUUCUUAACAUUUUUGGGGGGAUUUCAAUUACGCGCGGUGUUCGCUAUAACCCCCGGAACACUAUGUAAAAAAUUUCCUUACAAUAGUUGGUUUUACUUACAACAUAAUGUAAUAUAUAAAUUAAAGUGUUAAAUACAACAUUAUUAAAUACUGUACAUUUUAAUUACCCACUUGUUAGGGCAAAUGACUUAAUAAUGGCCGAAACGUAUUUGCAGGAUUUUCUGAUUGCCGGAUUUCACCUUGACGAAUAACAUUCUGCAAGAAAACUUUUUCAAAAUAAGUGCACUUUUCAGAUAGGUUUUGCUUUUCAGCCUUUACAUGAUAAUGGAUCAUACAGGAUUUUCAUAAUGCAAAUGCUUGGUAGGCCGGACAAAAUAACAGAGUAGGCUGUACGUGUCUCACGAGCCUUACUUUGCCCAUCCCUGAUAUAGGUGCUGGACCUAUAAUUAUAUUGUAUGUCAUGUUAAAUGUUCAAAUAGAGUAGCUACAUGAGUCUCAAACAAUUGAGUCAAAAAUUGUAACUAACGGAGGUAAGCAAAGAAGGAGCAGGUAUUGUAUUUGUCUGAUUUACUGUUGAAAGAGGUGUUUUAAAAACCCUGUCAAUGUUCAUGUGUCUCGCUGUAUCAAGUCCUCUUUUGUAUAGUUCUACUGCUUGUGUCUGACAGCAAUCAUAAAACAGAGUAAGGCCUGGUACACACAAGGAUUUUUCAAAUCUUUAUGGAUUUUUGGAUCUGUCUGACAGACCCCACACACAAAGAUAAAAAUCGGCAUUUAACAGUUUUGGUCAUAUUGUGUGUAGUGUGUUCCUUUAAUCGCAACACAUAACACCACACGCUUAAGGAUUCUGUUCCUCCACUGAUCUACAAACAAGUCAGCGAAGGCAGGUACAGUAUAUCACAUGAUCACACGUGAUCUCACAAAAACGAAGAGGGGCAGACACUUCCGGUUAUGUGCAGAGUGUUGUCGAAGGGACUGGAGGCGAGAGUGUUGCAGAAUGGCGACGUCAUCAAAAAAAAUAAAUAAAACUUUGGAAAAUACUUAUCGUCUGGGGAACCCACUUUUACACAAAAAACAACAUCGGGUAAGAUAUGUUUGUUUUUAUUUACGGUCAUUUCCUUGUUCGUCACUAAGGGCACUUCUUGAUUGGCUACAUUCCAUUUCACGUCACAAUUCCCGGAGUCAUGACUUGGGGAGACGUCUGCUUUCCCCAAACACACGCACAAAGAUUUUUGGUCGUCGUACAUAUUGAACUCGUUAAAUAUUUAAGAUUUUCGGCCCCGACCCAUUUCUUACUCUAGAGUCGGGACAAAUUACUCUCAACACACCUCAGACGUAAGGAUAAUCUUAUAAGACAUACGAUUGCCUGGCGUUUGACGUCCUUUGUUGGGAAGGAGCAAAAUCGAGACGAAACCAGCCCGAUUGUCUUUGUGUGUACUAGGCCUAAGGCCAUGUAUGUGUGUGCUUGUAUGACGGGGCCAUAAGGAACCUAAUUCAGGAUUACCUCUCAUACACACUAUUGAAGCACUCUCACAUUCAACUCAUGUUUUUCACUCACACAAGUGAAAACGCUCUUACACUAGUGAAACACUUAAGCACUAGUGAAAUGCCCUUAUAGACACUAGUGAAACACUCAUACACAGUUUUUUUUUCACUCACAUCCACUAGUGAAACGUACUUACUGGUGAAACACACAAUAGUGAAAUGCUCAAACACUAAGCUCUCAUACAGACAGCUGAAUUUUUAUUUUUCAUAUUGAUUUCUUUUUUUGCUCACAUUCAGUGGUAAAACACCCUCAGACACACUACUAAUAGUCUCAUACACACUACUGGAAUGCUCUCACACACUAGUGAAAUGCUUUGAUACACACAACCUUUUUUUUUUCCGCACACACCACUGCUAAAACGCUCUUAUACAGACUGCUGAAACACCCUCACACACAGGACAGUGAAACGCUCUUUAGACCAUGUGUCAAACUGGUGGCCCGGGGGCCAUAUUCGGCCCGCCACAUCAUUUUAAGUGGCCAGCCAAAGCAAAUCAUGUGCGGCGACUUAAAUGUUUUUGCUGAAAUACUAAAAUUGCAAAUGGCCUUCCCUUUCAAUAACGUUGCGAUAUUAAGGAUUAUUUUGUUACCAAGCCACCAAGCCCCCUCUUGAAGUAAAUUGCAUACGAGUGUUUUUUUUUACUGGCGUCUGAUUUCAAAACUAGCUAUCCAACAAUUUGUUGUUUAUAUGUACAACCCCAAUUCCAAUGAAGUUGGGACAUUGUCUUAAACAUAAAUAAAAACAGAAUACAAUGAUUUGCAAAUCAUGUUCAACCUAUAUUUAAUUGUAUAGACUACAAAGACUAGAUAUUUAAUGUUCCAACUGAUACACUUUAUUGUUUUUAGCAAAUAACACAUUCCAAAAAAGCUGUGACAGGUGGCAAAAAAGACUGAGAAAGUUGAGGAAUGCUCAUCAAACACCUGUUUGGAACAUCCCACAGGUGAACAGGCUAAUUGGGAACAGGUGGGUGCCAUGAUUGGGUAUAAAAGGAGCUUCCCUGAAUUACUCAGUCAUUCACAAGCAAAGAUGGGCAAGGUUCACCUCUUUGUGAACAAGUGCCUGAGAAAAAAGUCGAACAGUUUAAGGACAAUGUUCCUCAAUGUACAAUUGCAAGGAAUUUAGGGAUUUCAUUAUAUACGGUCCAUAAUAUCAUCAAAAGGUUCAGCGAAUCUGGAGAAAUCACUGGAUGUAAGCGGCAACACCGAAAACCAACAUUGAAUGCCCGUGACAUUCGAUCCCUCAGGCGGCACUGCAUCAAAAACCGACAUAAAUGUGUAAAGGAUAUCACCACAUGGGCUCAGGAACACUUCAGAAAACCAAUGUCAGUAAAUAUGGUUAGGCGCUACAUCCGUAAAUGCAACUUGAAACUCUACUAUGCAAAGCAAAAGCCAUUUAUCAACAAAAUCCAGAAACGCCGCCAGCUUCUCUGGGUCCAAGCUCAUCUAAGAUGGACUGAUGAAAAGUGUUCUGUGGUCCAACGAGUCCACAUUUCAAAUUGUUUUUGGAAAUUUUGGACGUCGUGCCCUGCCGAGCCAAAGAGAUAAACGAUCCAUCCGGACUGUUAGGGACGCAAAGUUCAAAAGCCAGCAUCUGUGAUGGUAUGGGGCUGUGUUAGUGCCAAUGGCACGGGUAACUUACACAUCUGUGAAGGAACCAUUAAUGGUAAACGGUACAUACAGGUUUUGGAGAAACAUAUGCUGCCAUCCAAGCAACGUCUUUUUCUUGGACAUCCCUGCUUAUUUCAACAAGACAAUGCCAAACCACAUUCUGCACGUUACAACAGCGUGGCUUCAUAGUAAAAGAGUGCGGGUACUAGACUGGCCUGCCUGUAGUCCAGACCUGUCUCCCAUUUGAUAAUGUGUGGUGCAUUAUGAAGCGUAAAAUACGACAACGGAGACCCUGGACUGUUGAACAGCUGAAGCUGUAAAUCAAGCAAGAAUGGGAAAGAAUUCCACCUACAAAGUUUCAACAAUUUGUGUCCUCAGUUCCCAAACGUUUCUUGAAUGUUGUUAAAAGAAAAGCUGAUGUAACACAGUGGUAAACAUGACCCUGUCCCAGCAUUUUUUGGAAUGUGUUGCAGCCAUAAAAUUCUAAGUUAAUGAUUGUUUGCUAAAAACAAUAGUUUAUCAGUUUGAACAUUGAAUAUGUUGUCUUUGUAGUGUAUUCAAUUAAAUAUAGGUUGAACAUGAUUUUAAAAUCAUUGUAUUCUGUUUUUAUUUGUUUAACACAACAUCCCAACUUCAUUGGAUUUGGGGUUGUCAUAAUAUGAGACGAUCCUACAUUUAUAUAGGUUCAUAGUCAAAACGGCCUUCAGAGGGAAACCAUACGAUGUGGCUCACGACAAAAAUCAGUUUGACACCCCUGUAUAGACACUAGUAAAACGCUCUCAUACACUACUACAGAAAUGGUCUUACAUUCAGACCAGUCAAACGCUGUUAUACACUCUAUUGAAUAUGCGUAUUUCAGUUUAUUAUGAGUGCCUUUCAGAAUGUGUGAAAGGAUUUCAGUGGUGUGUGAGAAGAAAAUGUAGUUGUGUGUGUGUGUGUGAGCAUUUUAAUAGUGUACGUAAGAGCGUUUCACUUGUAUAUAUGUAUGUGAGAGGGAAAAAAAUAAUCUGUUAUGUUUCAGAUUGUUUCAUUUGUGUGCAUGAGAGGUAAUCCUGAAUAAUGUCCCUGACAGCCCCUCAUUUGCUUGGCAGCUUAGUUACGUCUAUGGUGUCCUCUUGCCUCACCCUUCCAGAAGAAUCCAGUUGAGUCGAAUGCGGGGAGUGUCCCAUCCCCGCGGUCAUCAGC